GGAUCGUGCCCCCUGAGCCGGGCUCGCUCCAGCCGUCCCGCGCCGUUGGAAGCGCCUCUGCAGACGGCAAGGUUGUCCGGUGAUUUCGGACAUGGCCUCGGAGGCGGUGAAGGUCAUAGUGCGCUGCCGGCCCAUGAACGAGCGAGAGAAGGCGCUCAGCUGCCAGGCCGUGAUCAGCAUGGACAGCCCCCGGGGCCAGUGCUUUAUCCAGAACCCGGGGGCCACUGACGAGCCCCCGAAGCAGUUCACCUUCCACGGGGCGUACUAUGAGAGCCACAACACUGAACAGAUCUACAAUGAAAUUGCCUACCCGCUGGUAGAGGGUGUUACUGAGGGCUACAAUGGCACCAUUUUUGCCUAUGGCCAGACUGGCAGUGGGAAGUCAUUUACCAUGCAGGGCAUUGUGGACCCUCCUACACAGAAAGGCAUAAUUCCCAGAGCAUUUGAACACGUUUUUGAGAGCGUACAGUGUGCUGAAAACACCAAAUUCUUGGUGAGAGUCUCUUACCUGGAGAUCUACAAUGAAGACAUAAGAGAUUUGCUAGGAGCCAACACCAAGCAAAAGUUGAAGCUGAAGGAGCACCCAGAGAAGGGGGUGUAUGUGAAAGGACUCUCCCUGCACACCGUGCACAGCGUGGCCCAGUGCGAGCGCAUCAUGGAGACGGGUUGGAGAAACCGAGCAGUGGGCUACACCCUGAUGAACAAGGAUUCUUCCCGCUCCCACUCCAUCUUCACCAUCAACAUGGAGAUCUAUGCUGUAGGUAGGUGCCAGAUUCCUGGGUCAGGCCUUUGGGAGACUGAGCAUAGAACCAGCCUGUGCAAUCUGGUGGAUAAUCCCAGAAUAAAAACUGGCGCUUGA